GCGAGACAGCAUCCGCCAUGGGCUCCAAAGAAGUAAAUCCCGAUCUCAGUCCCGAGGACAGUUUGGUGCUGAUCAGACGCUCCCUCAAGUCUGCGAACAUGGCUCCCGGCACUCACUUCGACGGCAACAUCCCCCACAUCUUCGUCACCCUCGGAGCCUCUGGCGACCUGGCCAAGAAGAAGAUCUACCCGACCCUGUGGUGGCUCUUCAGGGACAAUUUGCUCCCCAGCAACACCAUCUUCUUCGGCUACGCUCGCUCCAAACUGAGUAUCGAAAAACUCAGGGCUAACUGCGACCCUUGGAUGAAGGUGAAGCCGGAUGAAAAACAGCGAUACGAGGAGUUCUGGAAGUUGAAUUACUACGUGGACGGCACGUACGACACUCGCCGCGACUUUGAGAUUCUGAAUCAGGAGAUGGAGAAGCACGAGAAGGGACCAACGGCCAACCGGCUUUUUUAUCUGGCGCUUCCUCCGUCCGUCUUCAACCCAGUCACCGUCAACAUUAAGAACACCUGCAUGUGCACAAAAGGCUGGACCAGAGUGAUAAUUGAGAAGCCGUUUGGUCGCGACGCGGACUCUUCAAAGGCGCUGUCGGACCAUUUGGCCUCUCUCUUUAAAGAGGACCAAAUCUACCGCAUCGACCAUUACCUGGGCAAGGAAAUGGUCCAGAAUUUAAUCACCCUGAGAUUCGGCAACCGCAUCUUCAACCCGACGUGGAACCGGGACAACAUCGCGUCCGUCCUGAUUUCUUUCAAGGAGCCCUUCGGCACUCAGGGCAGAGGCGGCUACUUUGACGAGUUUGGCAUCAUCCGCGACGUCAUGCAAAACCACCUGCUGCAGAUCCUCUGCUUGGUGGCCAUGGAAAAGCCGGCCUCGAUCCACCCUGAUGACAUUCGCUACGAAAAGGUCAAAGUGCUCAAGUGCGUCGACCCUUUGAAGCUGGAGAACUGCGUCCUGGGGCAGUACGUCGGCGACCCUGAAGGCGAAGGCGAUGCCAAACUGGGAUAUCUCGAAGAUAAAACUGUGCCUAAGGACUCGGUCACUCCGACCUACGCUCUCUCCGUGAUAAAAAUCAAGAAUGAACGCUGGGACGGCGUGCCGUUCAUUUUGCGCUGCGGAAAAGCCCUGAAUGAGAGAAAGGCGGAGGUGCGAAUCCAAUUUAAGGAGGUGCCCGGUGACAUCUUCCACGGCAAGCCGAAGCGAAACGAACUGGUGAUGCGCGUGCAGCCUGGCGAGGCCGUCUACGUGAAGCUGAUGACCAAGAGUCCGGGCAUGAGCUUCGACAUGGAGGAAACCGAGCUGGACCUGAGCUAUCACAGCCGCUACCACGACGUCAAGAUGCCGGACGCGUACGAGCGGCUGCUGCUCGACGUCUUCUGCGGCAUGCAGAUGCACUUUGUCAGCUCGGACGAACUGUCCGAGGCGUGGCGCAUUUUCACGCCGCUGCUGCACCAAAUCGAGCGGGAGAAAGUGAGGCCCAUCAUGUACAAAUACGGUUCGAGAGGGCCCAAAGAGGCUGACGUGAUGAGCUCGGCCAAUGACUUUAAGUACUACGGUUCCUACAAAUGGGUCCAACCCAAGUAGAAAGAACACACGAUGACACGCACCUUUUGUUUCGUUCAUUUUUUAAGAUUUAUAAGAAAGACAAUAGUCAGCUUGAUUCGACUCUUGAAUUUUAUUUCGCCGUGAUAUAUAUAUACUUCAAAGUAUUGGAUUUCUGCUUCUCUGCACUCUGUGAUUAUCAGAAAAUCGAACCAUUCCGAUUGUUGGCUGGUCCCUUGUGGUACUAAUAAUAUAUGUCAUUUGAAAGCUUUAUUUUUGUACCUUUCACUGUUGGUAUUUUGCAGUUUUUGUUAUUGGUAAAAACGAUUUGUAAUAUUUUCAAGCAAUAAACCACAAAGGAGAAUACUCGAAACUUGAAAUUAUUGAAAAUUAAA